AUGUUACGAAACUGAUGUUAGUAACUUUGACACUCAAACGUCCUGUAUCUCCGGUAGGACUUAUUUCCUUAUAUAUAUGAGUCAUAUUGGUGUUAUUUCGCAAGAUUUUUUUCUGUACAGGAGGGGACACGGAGAUUAGCUGUGCUGGUUAGCUGUGCUGUUCAAACCCUCUGAGGUCCAUGUUUUCUAAUGGAGGAUUUGUACAGUUGUUAGUCAAGAAGAUUUACGAGUGGAAAAGGACAGAGCAGAGGAGGUACACACUUGGUUUCUUCGCCAUGGGAAACGCCUGCAGUAAUAACCUCGGGAUCCCGCCAGCCAAGGGCCCCCAUGCUGUGGGAUGCACUGAUUUUAUGAUGGACCACACAGCGCAGGGCAGCUUCUUCCGCCUUUACUAUCCUUGCCAGGAGACGGAAAAAGUAGAAAAGCCAGACUGGAUCCCGUGCAGAGAGUAUUUCAAUGGUCUGGCAGACUUCAUGAAAAUCAACAGGACUCUCAGUGAAAGGAUUUUCAACUACCUCUUUGGGUCCUUUAAGAUCCCAGCCUACUUGGACGCUCCAAUUAAAUCAACUGGGAAAUGUCCUGUAGUUAUCUUCUCCCACGGCUUAGGAGCCUUUAGGACUUUGUACUCUGCUAUAUGUUCAGAACUGGCCUCUCAGGGCUUCAUCGUGGCCUCAGUGGAACACAGAGACAUGUCUGCCUCAGCUACGUAUUAUUUUCGUGAGAAGACAGAAGAAGAGAAGGCCAGUAAGACUUUGCCUAAACCGGCUGGCUCAGAGGCAGACAGCCUGGUGAAGGAGUGGAUGUAUUACAGGGCUUUGCAGCACGGAGAGAGUGAAUUCGACCUCAGAAAUAAGCAAGUGAAGCAGAGAGCAAAUGAAUGCAUUCUGGCUCUGGAUAAACUGAUUGAAAUCAACUCAGGGACACCUGUGCAAAAUGUUUUGCACACACAGUUUGACUGGUCGACUCUGAAGGGCUCCAUGGAUCUGUGCAGGAUAGCAGUGAUCGGGCAUUCCUUCGGUGGAGGGACGGUGAUUGAAGCCCUGUGCAAAGAGGUUAAAUUCAAGUGUGGCGUAGCGCUGGAUGCUUGGAUGUUCCCAAUAAACGAUGAGGUCUUUCCUCGAGUGAAACAGCCGAUAUUAUUCAUCAACUCAGAGAAGUUCCAGUGGGCGGGGAACAUCAGCCGCAUGAGGAAGUUGGACUCAGCUGUCAUACCGAGGAAAAUGAUCACUAUCAGAGGUACGGUGCACCAGAGUUUUCCAGACUUCACCUUCCUGACGGGCAACUGGAUCGGAAAGCUGAUGAAACUGAAGGGAGAGAUCGACCCGGAGCUCGCCAUAGACCUCUCAAACAAGGCAACACUAGCCUUUCUGCAGCAGCAUCUAGGUCUGGAGAAGAACUUCAAUCAAUGGGAUCCUCUGAUUGACGGGAAGGAUGAAAACCUCAUUCCAGGAACUAAUAUUACCGUGCCUCAGUCUGCUAUCUGAACUUCAUCUGCGCCUCAUGCACUACUGAAAUACUGCUGGAACGCUUCCUGUACAGUCAGUUGAACAAUCUCGCCACAAACAGGUCAGAGUCAGCGGGAACAGUCCUUAAAAAAAAAAAAAAAAAAGAAGCCAGGCAGACCGUAUAUUAAUAUUUUAAGCAAAUACUGUUUAAAAUGGACUGAGGAUAUUGUGGUGAAUGGUGUUUUUGCACUGAAGAGCCAAGAUAGAUAAUGGAUUUUUUUUUUUUAAAGAAGCUAAUCUCUACCUCGUCAGCAGGAAAGAUUUUUUUUUUCUUGACAGACAAAACACUCAGUGUACCAGUGUUUGUUUCAUGAGGCCUGAAUGUUGCGUAUAAAAGCAGCUGAACACAUUUUUACUAUUA